AUGUCGUCUUCAUCCACCAUCCCAAGCGAGGGAGACUAUCUCCCUCCUCUCCCACGAACGAUAGGUCUGGGAUCUUUGCAAUCCAGAUUGAAUAGAGCAAAAUCUUUGUCUCAACCACAGAAUAAUUCAACAGAAUUGCCAGUCGAGAAUAAAAGGGCUUCUGUCUACAUCCCGGCCCAUAAGAGGAGUGGUCGUCGUCACGGUAUUCUGUUGCAGCAUCCAUCGAGUUUUGACAAUUUGCGAAUUUCUUCUCCGGAGGCAUCUACACAAGUCCCAUCGGAUUCUAAGGAUGCUUCUACUCAGACUCCAAUUGAAAAACCUAUAUUGAUGAAAGUCCUCGAAGACCCCCAGUUCUCAGACAUAACAGUCUACAUCGGCCCAUCCAAAGAAACCUUCCAUUUGCACCGUGAAAUCCUCUCCUUCACCUCCAAUUUCUUCAAAGACUUCUGCACUGCCUUACGUUCCUCCAAAACAAUGAUCGUAGCCCAAAUUUACCUUCCUCACCUCGAUCCCACAAUGUUCAGGACCAUCAUAAACUGGCAAUACUCCGGAAAUCUAACCCUCGACCUAACUUCAACCCCCUGUCCUCUAACCCCGCUCUACCGUACGAUCGAGUUCCUGAAACUCCCAGCUUUACGUAUCAAAUUCUUUGAUACCCUCAUAACCUUCUGUCGUACCAACUUCUGUAAUCUCACGGGUGGUGGUCGAGCCAUCUUUAUAGGCAAGUUUAAUGAACUUUGUGGGGUUGUCAAACCUUCGGACUUGGGGAAAUUGAUUGAGUGUAUGGAGGUUAUCGUGGAGCAUUUUGUGGUCUUGCCGGAUGCGUUUUUGGAGGCAUUGGAAGGUGGAGCUGUUAGUAAUGUCUUUGUGGCCGCUUUUAUCGGAGCUAGAAGGAAUUUGGGACAUUGGAGGAGUUGUGGGAAGUGUUUUGAUAUCGAGAGGGAAGAGAAGGGGGUUAGGGGGUAUAAGUGA